AUGGCGACGCACGACAAGAUGAAGAGCGCCGAGGCCGACGACGCCGCGUGGGAAGCUACGCGGGGAGCCUUCAUCGGCGCCGCGAGAUGGGGUCUCGGAGCCGCCGUCGUGGGCGCCUUUGCGUACAAGUUCUCGCCGCUGUACAAGGGCCUCACUAUCCAGUUCAAGAUUUAUAUGCAAAUGUCGGCCAUGGUGCUGGGAAGCAUGCUGGAGGCGGACAACAGGUUACGAGAGUAUGAGGCCCGCGUCAGAUUGCAGAAGCGCAUUCUGAGGGAUAGGGCUAAGUGGGAGAGAUUUGAGCGGGAAUUUUAUGAGGAUCCUAACGAGAAGAAAUGA